AACCGCUGAUGUUUAACCUUCAUUAUUUUCAAAUCAGUCAGCUGCCUUGGUUUAAACAGUUCGUCUAUCUUUUCUGGCGAAGUUCAGUGGGUGUUUCGCGUGAUCCUAAACUCAACAUUCUCCGUAUCAUACUCAUAGGGGUGGCAUGUGUGUUAAUUCAGAUGUCCUACGUGCACCUGGAGGAGACCUACACUGUAUCUCGUGCUAACAACAUCCAGGGUCUUCUCUUUCUCCUUGCAUCCUUCUUCAUCAUCUGGAAUUCACUCCUAGUGCUUGCGGUUCUGCCGAAGGAUCUACCGCUACUUAUUCGAGAGCACCAGGAUGGCCUAUAUCAGCUGAGUGCAUAUUACAUCACUACCUUCCUCGUUCAGAGCAUCGUUGGUACAAUCUUCAUGAUCGGCUCCGUGUCAUCAAUCUAUUUCGUGGUUGGCCUCAAGAGAGAUCCUAGCAGUUUCUUCAUCAAUCUUGCAGUUCUCAUCAUCAUCUACCUAAUCAACGUCGGAUUCGAUGCCUUGAUAUCUGCUAUCUGUGAGGCUCCGGGUAAGACCGUCUCGAAUGCAAUCCCUUGUGUGAUCUUGUCCAAUGUAACCGGGGGAUACUUCUGUACCCUGGGGUCUAUGCCCCGGUUUCUGGCUCCGAUUCUCGCCAUUAAUUGGCUGCCAUGGGAUACGAAUUGCUGUCUAUCAACCAAUGGAAGGGUGUUUCUGGUAUAGAGUGCGACGGUAAACUGUGCCUGUUUGAAGAUGGAGAGGGAGUUUUGAGACACUGGGAGCUUUCCCAGAACGCAUUCAACAAGGACAUGACGUACAUUCUGUGUCAACUCGUCGGGUAUCAUGUACUGGCUUACAUCGUUCUCUCUAUGAAGAUGCGUUUCAAGUGGGCAAUUCGAUGAUUUCCCUUCCAGACCUCUAGAUCUCUGUUACCAUGAACAAUCGUAUUUCCAAUUCGUAAAUAUCAAAAGUAAGGCAAACCCUUACUAUAAAGAUCCAAACUUAGUGAUUUCCACCCAGAUGGAUAUAAAAUUUGGUUUGACAAAACCAUGAGCUUAAUUCUAACACAUUUUAAUAUUGUAUCCGUUUUUCUUUCCAUAUUGAAUUAAGUACAUUCUUAUGAUACACGAACUUGAAUGUAAUCAUUAGAAUGUUGCCUAAUUUGUUUACAAAUGUAGGCCUAUAUAUAUUGGAAGUAGGCUAGAUACUAUAAUGCUAGCCGUGUAGAUUGAGAGUUCUUUAAGGCUGCACAUAAGGUGCGCAAUUAUAAAAACGAAUGAUGAGGUACAUGAUUUAUAUUUAAAUUACGUAUAAGUUCACAAUUUCCUUAUUUAGAUAUAGGAUUAUGUGUGUUUCCUUUUUGCAUAGUAAUAAGGAUGUAAAAAUGUAUUGGAGAGGUAAGAUCGGUUCUAGGACGAUUACCCCCGACCAAUUAUCAACGAGACAAUUACCCUCCCCCCCCCCCAAGGACAACCACCCGAGGACUGUUACCCCGACCAAUUACCAACGAGACA